AUGUAUUAUAAUAAAGUCAUUGAUGCUUCCAAAAAAAAUCAUUAGAAAAAUAAUUAGAGAAAAGAAAGCAAUAAUACAUUUCAUAAACAAUCUAGUCCUAGCAAAGACUAAAUCGAAAUGAAUUAAGAAAGCAAGCAAGACAUUUUUAGUAUACUCAAUAAAAUAAAAGGAUUUGAUAAUGAAAAUGUUAUACCCACAUUUUAUCUACCAUCACCUUCACAUUCACGGAAAAUAAUUAUAUACUUUCAUGGAAAUGCUGAAGAUCUAGGGCAUUCAGUAGAUUUUAUCCUUAGUUUAAGAAUCAAGCUUAAAAUGAAUGUACUUGCAGUUGAGUACCCUGGAUAUGGAAUAUAUAAGAAUAAUAAAAUAUCAACAAACGAAAAAACUAUUUUAGAAGAUGCUUAUUACAUAAUGCAAUUCGUUACCUAGAUAUUGAAAUCCUCACCCCAAAAUAUAAUUCUGAUGGGAAGAUCAAUAGGAUCAGGAAUAGCAAUUGAGAUGGCUUCAAUAUUUGAAGUAGCAGCUCUCAUAUUAGUUUCAGCUUUUACUUCAAUUAAAAAUGUGGUCAAAGAUUAACUCGGUGAUAUUUUCUCACAUUGCAUAAGAGAAAGAUUCGAUAACUACUCUCAUUUCUAAGCAAAUAGAAUAAGAUGUCCUGUAUUUUUUACACAUGGCUAACAAGAUUAAUUAGUUCCAGUAAUUCAUACUCAGAUUCUUUACGAUUUAUGCCAGUAACAGUGUUCUAUGAUAUUACCAAAAAACAUGACACAUAAUGAAUUUGAUUUCUUAGAAGAUUUUUCGUAUCCAUUAUACUAUUUUCUUCUUUAGCUUGGGUUUAUACAGGAUGAUGACAAGAAUAACUUAGCCGUUUUAAGUGAUAUAAACUUUUAACUGGAAAUAUUAAGAUCACUUCAAACUGCCCCAAAUUGGAUCGGGAAAAAGAAAAUUUCCUUUCAAAUAUUUUGUUGUAGAUAAAAAGAAGACACUUUGUUGAAAAAAUUAGCAAGACAAAUAUUAUAUUGA